AUGGUGUUGCUCAAGAUUUUGAUGCUGCUUCCUGUGGUAGCCAGUGUGUUUGAAUCCUAGGGCUCGUGGGAAUGGCUCUGUGCCUCAAGAUUGGAGCUUCUUCUUCCACUCUCCAAAGGGCCGGAUUGCUACAUCGAUCGACGCAGGCAAGCUCGUUUGUAGCGCACUCUCACCUUAGAAAUGGCCAAUCCCGCUCAAGGAAUGCGAGAAUUGUGAUGAACGCGUCUGAGAAUCAAACUGUUGAUCAAGAGGAGCUGAGUGACAACAAGAUUCUGCCGUACUGUAGCAUUGACAAGAAGAAGGAUAAGAAAUCGGUUGGAGAGCUCGAGCAGGAAUUUUUACAGGCGCUUCAGUCGUUUUACUACGACAAGAAACCUAUGAUGACCAACGAAGAGUUCGACAAUCUAAAGGAAGAGCUGCUUUGGGAAGGCAGUAACGUGGUGAUUCUGAGUCCUGACGAGCAGAGAUUUAUGGAGGCAUCGUUAGCAUAUGCAGCGGGAAAGCGUCUCAUGUCCGAUGAAGAGUAUGAUCGACUCAAACUAAAGCUUAAGAAAUCAAAUAGCAAAGUGGCAAUCGAAGGUCCAAGGUGUAGUUUAAGAAGUAAAAAGGUCUAUAGCGAUUGUACUGUAGACUAUUUGAAGAUGACACUCCUGAACUUACCAGCAGUCCUUAUCUCCCUCCUUGUUGUGUUCUUUUUAGAUGACUUAACGGGAUUUGAGAUAACAUAUCUUCUUGAGUUGCCAGAACCAUAUGGCUUUAUUUUUACCUGGUCUGUGGUGCUACCGGCUACAUUUUUUGCUGCAAGAUUUAUCACCAACCUGGUUUUCAAGGACGCUCUUAUAUUGAAGGGUCCUUGUGCAAAUUGUGGAAGUGAAACAAACUCCUACUUUGGAACAAUACUAGGUGUUGCGAGUGGUGGCUCAACCAAUGAUGUAAAAUGUGAACAGUGUAAGGCUCUCCUAAAAUUUGAUUCGGAAACACGUCUUAUAACCCUUGAAAAACUUCCAGGAAUCAAGGACAACCGAAAGAUGGCCAUUUAAUCUACCUGUUAAUUUUAAAUUAAUCAACAAUUUUAACUUUUUAUGUAGCACUUGAGAUGUGUCAGUGCUAAA